AUGCAACAGACAGAACAAACUAAACCCAACAGUCAUCUUGCUUGUUCUUCUCCAGACCAAACUGCUGCUUUACUCACUUCAAUAGCCAAUACAAACUCUGGUCUUGUUACUGCUCUUGGUGUCCAGAAUCAGUCCAAGACAGGAGCGUCUUUCGAUAUCUCGAAACCAACUCAACUUGUAUCGGAAACUCUAUCAACUGUUUCUACCAUCAACACUCAUCAAAGUCUGUCACAAUCUGCUCAUCACACCAGAUCCCUUCAUUCACACCCUCAACUGCAUAGAGCGUCAUCUACUACAGCAAUCAAGUCAUCCGACUCUGCAGUCGUAUCCACUGCUAUUCCUGGCAUUUCCUUUUCUGUAGAUUUAAUCACAAAGGCUCCGUCUGCCAAUAAAUUCGCUACUUCUUCUUUCUUUGCUGCACUCGAGGAUAUUUCUGAAUCAGCGCACUCUCCAUUUGAAAAAUCUUUGGUGUGGAAACAGUUGUUGCAGUCUUCAAUCCCACCCAUCUCCACAGCUCAGGACGCAUUCGAUCUGGAUAGUGCUGCAAUAGAAAUCGCCUGCAAAAUGAGUAACAACAAUCAUACCCACUUCAAUUUCAACACGCUGGUGCUGUAUUUAUUGACCAAGUUAAAGCAGAUGCGCAAUCUUGCAUACGAAGGAGAUUGGCCAGUAGAAGCUCAUAAUGCUAUGUUUGCAGUACGUAUUUAUACCAAGCAUUUUGUUGAAACAUUAUCCAAACGCCAGGUUCUUGAGCUAUUUGAACAUGAUCGAAUCGUGUCACCAGAUAUAAAUGGUCCGUCUCAGAUUCUAUUCACUGAUCCACAAUUGCCUAUUCAUUCGCCAACCAACGACAAUCCAUCAAGUGGUUUAAAUGUACCCAGUUCAAGUCGUCCGGCUAGAAGAAGUUCAGCUAGCUCAGAUUUGCCUGUUAUCUCUAUUGAUCCAAGAGUUAUCUCAGGUUUGUUCCAUUGUGUGAAAUUGCAUUUAUAUCAAAAGUCAAUCUGA